AUAUCGAAUGCUGUGAAACUAACAUUUUUAACUGAAAAAAAAUGUUACAGUUUGUAAUGUAAUAAAAUUUGUAAUAUUGAUAUAUACGAUGAUUUUAAAAUUAUAUGUAUUUAAUGUUUUUUACUUUAUAAAUCGAUACCUGUUCUUUUACUAUUUCUUCAUAUAUUAAAAUGAAUGAGAAUCACUGAAUAUAUAUAUAAUAAACACAAUAUAUUGGCGCUAUAAGAUUUAAAAAAAAUAAUCAAUUUGAAAAAAAAUUUUUUAAAAAUAUGGAGGUGUGUGAUAUUUUACGUAAUGUUAUUAAUAAUGAAAAAGAUUUAGAAGAAAAGCAAGUACCCGUAAAUGAAGUGAAAGACAAAUUAAAAAAACAAAUAAAACAAUUGAAGUCUCUAAUUUUACAAAUUGAAUGUAGUUUGGAUAUAUUAAAAUUUAAAAAUACUAAAUGUAUUUUUCGUUCAAAUCUUGUUAGUAACUUAAAUACUGAUAAAGUUCCAAAUAUUAAUUUACAAUUGAAAUCUGAAUUAUAUAGAUAUUCUGGCUUUUAUUGUAUCAAGUUUUCAGAAAAUGAAUAUAUAUUUAAUUUUUCACCUUUAAAUAAAUAUGAUAGAAAAAAUAUUUUUGCUAUACAAAUAUUAAAUAAUCAAAAAAAAGGAACUUUAGGAAAAUGGGUAAUGCCAAUGAGUAUUGAUUUAAAUGACUUAACAUCUGACUUUCCUAUUACUGAAUUAAGAAAAAUACCACAUUUCUUAAAAAUUUGUAAACAACAUAUAGAUUCUUAUUUUAUACGACAGACACAAUAUACUGCAUUGAUGGAUAUUAUUUCUCAUACGAAAAAUAGUACUUUACAAUCUAAUUUAGGAUAUACGCAAAUUAGUUUAGAAUUGAUGGGUUUAUAUUAUAAAAAUACUGAUUCAUACAUAAAUAUAAUUAUAUAUCUUUUAUAUAAUAUCAGUGAAGCUAGACCACACAAAAUUGAAGUAAAUUCAACAACACAAAAUGAAUUAGAUCAAAAUGUAAAAAAACAUCUACAAAAAUCUUUGGUAUGUUUUAAACAAUUUGAUUUGCAUAAAGCAUUUGAGAAUAUGUUGAAUUUGGAAGCAUUCAAAUGGACAAAAGAAAAUGCUGAAGAUAGUCCAUUAGAAAUUAAUAAUUUAAGUAAUUCAGAUGAAGAAGGAUUUUUAAGUACAUAUUCAAUUAUACAAAAUAAAUCUCAAACACAUCAUAAAAAAAGACGAAAAAAGAGAAAAAUAAAGGAAGAAAAUUUCAGUAACAUUUUAAAUUUACAUGAAAAUCCUAUUCAAAAUAAAGAGCAAAUAUCACAAAAUAUUAAACAAAAUAUAGAUGUGAUAAAAUUAACACCAAAAUUAACUAACUUUAAAGAAAAAAGAUUAAAACAGACAAAAUUGAAAUUUCAUUUGAAUAAUUUAGAAAAUGAAUCUUCUGAUACAAUUGCAUUUAAACAUAUGCAAAUAAAUAAAAAAUUAAUUAAACCAUUAACUAGUACUCCAAUACAUCAAAAUAAACAUUCUUCUGAUUCCAUCACAUCAACCAGUAUUAGUGAUAUUACAAUAACUAAAAAUAAUUCAGAUAUUGAUAGAAAAUGAAAAAAAAUCAAUUUUAGAAUACACUUAGAAAAUUAUU